UUUCUUUUUUUUUUCUUUUUCAAUUUCUUAUUCGGAAAAUAGAAAGCACGUAACGGCCUAACACCACAUGUAACCAGAUCUAUUUUCACAUCUUCUGAGAGAAGAGUGUGUGUGAUUGUGAGAGUGAUGGAAGAGAAACUUAUACAGAGGUUGGAAUCCGCGGUGUCGCGCUUGGAGGCUCUAUCCGCCGGAUCACAUGGCGGAGCUUUCACGGCCGGUGGUGGUGGUGCUGGUGCCGAUGAUGCGGCGCGAGAUCCGUCCGUCGUGGCAUUCGGCGAUCUUAUUGAUGAGCACCUAAGUAAGCUCUCUGCUGCGGCGGAGGUCAUCGGAGGUCAGGUGUUGGGUAUCAGCAACGUUGUGAAGGAAGCUUUCGCCGCGCAGAAGGAGCUUCUGAUUACGCUCAAGCACACUCAGAAGCCCAGCCCUCAGGGAAUGGCUGAAUUUCUGAAACCAUUGAAUGACAUUAUCAAAAAAGCUAACGCAAUGGCAGAAGGAAAGAGAUCUGAUUAUUUCAAUCACUUGAAGGCUGCUGGAGACAGUCUCUCAGCUCUAGCAUGGAUUGCAUAUACAGGGAAGGAAUGUGGUAUGAGUAUGCCUAUUGCGCACGUGGAAGACAGUUGGCAGAUGGCUGAGUUUUAUAGCAACAAGGUGCUUGUCGAGUACAGAAAUAAAGACCCAAAUCAUGUUGAGUGGGUCAAAGCUCUGAAAGAUUUAUAUGUACCUGGCUUGAGGGAUUAUGUCAAGAAAUUUCAUCCUUUAGGCCCUGUAUGGAGUCCAACAGGAAAAGUAAUUGCUGCAUCAAAAGCUCCUUCAUCUAAUUCACCUGCUGCCCCUCCUCCUCCACCUGCUUCUCUCCUUAGUUCUGAAACAUCUCGGGCUUCAUGUUCUAAGCCAAAUGUAGGGAUGUCUGCUGUUUUUCAACAGAUCAGUUCAGGAGAUAUUACUUCAGGUUUGAGAAAGGUUACAAAUGACAUGAAAGCAAAGAAUCGAACGGAUAGAACUGGAGUUGUUGGAACUACUGAAAAAGAAAGUCAUGCAGCUCCAAAGGCAACUCCUAAAGCAGGACCUCCGAAAUUUGAGCUUCAAAUGGGCCGCAAGUGGGUUGUUGAAAAUCAAAUUGAGAAUAAAUCUUUGGUCAUUGAAGAUUGUGAUGCAAAGCAGUCUGUAUAUGUCUAUGGAUGCAAGAACUCUGUUUUACAGAUUCAAGGCAAGGUCAACAAUAUAACCGUUGACAAAUGCAUUAAGAUGGGAGUUGUGUUUAAGGAUGUUGUUGCAGCUUUUGAGGUCGUAAACUGUAGUUCGAUAGAGGUGCAGUGUCAGGGUUCCGCUCCAACAAUUUCCGUGGACAAUACUGGAGGCUGCCAGCUUUAUCUGAGCAAGGAUUCUUUAGAAACAUCCAUAUCAACGGCAAAGUCAAGUGAGAUUAAUGUAAUGGUUCCUGGUGCUGAGCCUGAUGGUGAUUGGGUGGAGCAUGCUUUGCCCCAACAAUAUAUCCAUGUGUUCAAGGAUGGUCGUUUUGAAACAACUCCAGCUUCUCACUCUGGAGGCUAAACUGAUUUGCAGUUUGAAGCUUCUAUCUACAUAUUCAUAUCAUCUUAUUCCUUGGAUUGCUGUCAGAAUGAUUUUAUUUGUUGUUUCUUUGAUUCAUUUAUAUAUACAUAUAGGUUUUGAUUCAUCAUAUAAAUGAUCGGCUUCUUACCAGUGUAAUUAUUCCAUUGGCUUAUUGAACCAUUGGAAAUAUAAUGUCCAUGUGACUUUUUUUGGAGGCAGAAUUUGUGUCUGCUUGAGCUUGUUUUUCUUGUUAAGUUGGGUUAUGUAAUUGGAUUUUUAGAUUUCA